UGAGCUUGCCUGGCGACCCGCCCCUGUCUGUGGGGUAUAGAGGAGGGUGGGGCUGGAGGCCCUUCGGUGCUUGGGAUCGGAGAUUGGAGGGUCACUAGGAGGGGUCUGGCCGUGACUUCACGCAGCGAUGAUGUAGAGGCUGGAAUGCUGCCUUGUGGUUGCAUGGGGGGCAGAGGGCACAACUGGAUAUUCCUGAUCAUAUCCCACUGUACACAGCUUGUACCUAGUUUCUUAAGAGUUGAAAGCAACAACGUGAGUAGAGCUUUAGAAGGCGAGAAGCACUUUCACUUAUCUGCACUGCAGGCCAUAGACAAUUUGUGAGAUGAGUGACUUGGAAGAUGACGAUGUUCCCCAGCUUUCUUUCCACACCUUAGCAGCUCUCCAGGAAUUUUAUGCUGAGCAGAAGCAGCACAGCGGUCCAAGUGGGGAUGACAAAUACAGCAUUGGGAAGAUAGAAGAGAACUGGCAAUUGAGCCAGUUUUGGUACAGUCAGGAAACUGCUUUGAGGCUUGCUAAGGAAGUGAUUGCAGCUGCUGGGGAAGGUGGAAGGAUAGCCUGUGUGAGCACCCCCAGUGUGUACCAGAAACUGAGAGAGAUGCACAGAGAAGACCUGGAUGUGUACAUCUUUGAAUAUGACAGAAGAUUUGCCAUUUAUGGAGAGGAGUUUGUCUUCUAUGAUUACAAUAAUCCACUGGACUUCCCUGAAAAGAUCGCUGCUCAUAGUUUUGACAUUGUCAUAGUGGACCCCCCCUAUCUUUCUGAGGAAUGUCUCAGAAAAACCUCAGAAACUGUCAAGUACCUAACUCGGGGCAAGAUUCUGUUGUGUACAGGUGCUAUUAUGGAGAAAGAAGCGAUGAGACUUCUUGGAGUGAAGAUGUGCAGGUUUACUCCAGAGCAUACCCGGAGCUUGGCCAAUGAGUUUUGCUGCUACGCAAAUUAUGACUCCGGGCUGGAUCAUAAUGUGUAAAUGCAGGAAAGGACCCUGUGUCAUAUUCCCCUCUUUAUUUUUUCUCAGUAGAUUAUGAAGCUGUGCCCUCUUCCCCUCCCCCACACUGGGCUUUCCCUGGCUUCCCAAAUGAGGACAUAGCGCCUCACUGGGUGUUCCUUACUCAGGGCAUCAUGGAUUUCAGGAUUUUUUCCAACUUGAAUCUGUGGAAUUGUAGUUGGAAGAAAUCUUUGAACCCAUCUAAGCUAUUCUUCUCACUUAACACAGGUGAAAACAGAACUGCAAACAGCUGAGUGGCUUGGCUAAUACCCAAACUGGACAGAACUUUGGCCUCCACCUUGAGCUCUACAUGGGCUCAUUCUGACUCUGUGCAUGGACUGAUUCUUCUUGCAGCUCUCCAUGAUGACUGCAGGACUCAUGAGGAGCCCCUCCUCUACCCCAACCCCUCAAGGAGACAAGACUUUCCUCAAGAACCAGUGUCUGAGAGCCUCCUGGAUUUUUCCUCCUCUCCCUGUUCUUGGAGGGAGGAUAGGGACACAGCCCAGGUGACCUCUACCUGGCUCAACCCAGCAUCCUACCUAGGGCCACAGCUAACGUUCCAGGCUACCUGAGAAAACAAAAGUGCUAUCUGCACACCUAACACUGAAGAAAACAGGAUGUGAGCAGAGGUCCAGUCUCAGUUAUUCAGAAAGCAUUCCCCCUACAUCCACAGCACAGAAUACUCCUCAGCAACACAAAUGAAUGAAUUGUUGAUACCUGCAACUUGGAUGGGUUUGAAAGGCAUUGUCAAGGGUGUUGUGGGGAGUGAAGAAGCCAGCCCCAAAAGUCCCAUUGCAUUGCCAUUCAUGCAGGAAUGCUCUGUAGUGGAGAACAGGUCAGUGGUUGGCAGAGGCUAGGGUGGGGUGGGUGGGUCUCUAUUGUACGGGGCCUAUUCUGAACCUUGAUUGUGCAGUGGUGACACAAGUGUACACAUGUGACAGCAUUACACAGUUAAACAUACAUACAAAUGUGUGCACACAUAGCUGCUAACCUGAGUGAGGUCUCAGGCAGUGCCCAUGUCCAUUGCUGGUCUGGAGGCUGCUGUUACAUAAGAUGUUAUCAUUGGGGGAGAUUGGGUGAAGGACGCACAAGACCUCUCUACUAUUUUUGCAAUUUUCUGUGAAUAUACAAUAAUUUCAAAAUAAAAAUUUAAAAAAUAACUUUGGGAAAAGAUUAUACUUCCCCAUCUCAUGUGACUUGCUUUGGCUAACUACACAUGAAGGAAGUGACAUGUGUCACUUCCAAUUAGAAACUUGUUUUCCCUCUAACACUGUGACUAGUGAUAUUACAGAGAAGCAGUUUGGGCUAUAGGCAGGUUCCCAAGUGGAGCCCAGCUGCAGCUGACCUGCCAUGGACAUGGGGGCAGUAAGAAGCAAACCUUGGAGGGUGAAAAUCAGAGAUGGGGAUUGCUUUCACUGCAGCCAAGCACAGUGUGCCCCGGAGAGCCAGCCACACGGGAGCCAGUGCCCAGAGAAGGUGGGCCUGCCUGAGCUCGCUUCUCAAACGGCAGUUAUCACAUUUUUGGAUAAUUUAAAAUCUACUUAAAAGAUCACUCAGUAUUUUUUUUAUGAGACAUUUCUAUUUUUAUCAGUGUACCUGGGACUUUCAGUGUUCAAUACAUGUUUGUUCUUUUAAAAAAUAACCCCUACCAUAUUAUUUCCUUAAGAAGCAGUUUGCUAAAAGUUACCUAGGGAGGUAACACAUUCUAUAACAAAUAAUGUAUAGAAAUGCAAUGUGUAAUUUAGGAAUUGUGGGUGAGUAGCAGCCUAGAAAUAACAGAAUUUUAGUUCCAUAAAGCUUGCAUUUAAGAUGAAAGAAAUGUUAUUUCUUCAUGGGGUGGAGGCAGGAAGGGGCAAAGCUUAACUCAAAUAAAAAUGUAAUUACAUUUUUGUUUAGCAA